AUGUAAAAACAAAGUUACAAUAACACGCAUCUGAAUCCUUUAAAAAGUGUUUUGCCAGCUCCGAUGCAGUACUAUAUAUUUCUUGCGACGUACAUGGCAGUAAUGAUCUUACAAAUACUAGUGCCGUGCUGGUUUGGAACUAAAAUAAUGGAUAAGAGUCGACACCUCUCUCAUGCGAUAUACAGUUCAGACUGGACAGUGCAGAGCCGUCGCUUCAAGAGCAGCUUGAGACUUUUCGUUGAGAGAGCCAAUCGACCUCUCUCCAUAACUGGCUGGAAGAUGUUUCCACUUUCUUUAAAUACUUUUUCAUCAAUUAUGAAUUCAUCGUAUUCAUUCUUCACUCUUUUGCGGCAUAUGCAGUCCAGACAAUCUUAA